AUGGGAGAUUUUAAUGCAACUCUUUACUCUCAUGAGAAGCAUGGCUCGGGUAACUUCAGCUUGGGUUCGGCUGUAGAGUAUGGUGCCAUGGUGGAUGCUUGCUUUAUGUCUCAAGUGCCUUCGCUGGGUAGGAAGUUCACGUGGUCCAAUAAUUGGCGUAGGGGGAAUGUCUGCACUGUUUUGGAUAGAAGCUUCUGUAAUGAAGAUUGGAUCUUUUGCUUUCAGGAUGUUUCCCAGCUAGUCCUUCCGCGGAUGGCAUCUGAUCAUACCCCUUUACUAUUGAUCUCUAAUGCCAGCCAUCGGCCUCACAAUUGCCCUUUCCGUUUCCACCAUAUUUGGAUGGAUCAUGCAGACUUCGAGCAAAUAGUGGCAAAUUCUUGGGCGGACUGGUUUCAGGAUCACCCAUUUUGUCUCUCAUAG